UUAUAAAAGGAGGAGUUGUUAGGAGCAACAAGCUUGCAACAAUGGCGACCAUAGCAUCCAUGCAUAUGUAUGGCUUCUCUCUUCAACCACGCCUGUGCAGCACCGGAGGAAGGCCAGCCAAGAUCACCAGGACUAAGCCUUUGGCGACUCAUGAUUCCUCUGCGCACAUCGUACGCACACCACCUCGUUUCAAGGAGCUUCAGCAAGUAUUGAAAACCAAACUUAGGGAGGCAUCUGCUGCAGGAAGCAGUGCUUCCAAGAAAUUGCUGGAUGCGUUUGUGGACUCUAUCUUCACAUUCAGUCAUCAAUCUUUACGUCCCACCGAGAGUAAUUUUGCACCAGUUGAAGAAAUUGGUCAAAUAACAAAUAUAUUGCGGAUAGAAGGGGCAAUCCCGGAGGACUUUCCAGAGGGUGUAUAUAUUAGAAAUGGAUCAAACUGAUUGGCACACCCGCAUCUCAUCAACCUUUGGACCUGCACUGGAGUUAAGCAAAUCUCCCAGGCCACCGUGUUUUCACAUCAACAACCAUAUUCUAAACCAUUUUUUAAGCAGAUUCGAAGCGGGUGCGGAUAUGUGCGCAUGCAGAGCGGAUUGUUUCGGAUGUUGGAAAUGGUGCGGAGUCGGUGCAGACUCGGUUCGGGAAACAAAUUAAAUUUAUCAGAUGUUAGAUGUUUAUACAAUCAAUACAACAUUGAGUUAUCAAUGCAAGGGACAGCAAUACAAUAAUCAUUAAACGACCUUUCAUAAACUUAAGUGUAAGAUGAGACGGCAAAAGCCUCAAACAAGGAAGUUUAGGUUAAUUGAUAAAUUAGGUCAUUGGAUGGGCCGACUCAUGUUAUAUGCCCAGAUAGAGUGGUUACAUGGGUUGAUAUUUUCGGAUUAUCCGGCAAACGACCUAUGGGAUAAUCCGAUAGAAAUACCAGAUAAUCCGCAUUUAUCGGUUUUUAGA